AAUUAAAUUAAAUUAAAUAUCAUUUUAUUGUUUCAAUUGUAGUCAAAAAAAAUUAAAAGAUUAAUAUUUAAGAGUUCAAGCAUGACUCAUUGUCUCCAAAUAUAUUUAUUCAAAUGUCAAUAGUAAAUGUAGAGAAAAAAAACUCGCGGGCAAUGUAGUAAAUCAAAAGUAAAUAAAUAAAGAAUAAAGAACGUGUUCGAUUAGUGAAAUCCGAGUGGAAUGCUUCACAUUAAAAAAAAAAAAAAAAAAGUGUUAGUGAAGCCAUGUGGCAUAUUGCCGACAUAACGCCGAUUAUAAAACAAAACUAAAAUGAAUAUAAUUAAAAUUACAAUAAUGAAAAAUACAGUACACGAUUUCUCUGUAAUUACCGUUAGUAAUAACGAACGCUAAAGGAAUUGAAAAACGAAUAAAAUAAAAAAAUCUGCAUAAAAUGCGAGCACGAAGACAUGGUAGCAAACGGAAUUAACCAACAACUCAGUAAUGAGUAUGGCAUCUAAGUUAUAGCGGGUUAAAUUAUUCAAAAAUUUGAAAAUUCACAUUGUUGAUAAUUUGUUAAUUAAAUUUAUAGUAUUAAUUUAUGUAAAUAAAUAUUGCAAUUUAAAAGAAAAUUAUAAACGAAGAUGGCGUGAAAAAGCAUCCAGCCACAUUGCCAACGAGUUCAUUGUCAUCAAAAUUUUAAAUUAUUUAUUAAGUUACGUAGAUAUGAACUGGCGUUAAUGAAGAAAACGUUUAUGCUGCAAAAAUAUAUAAGACGCAUAUAAUAAUAAUAAUAAUAAUAAUAAUAAUAAAGCGAUGAGUCGGUGUUGUUGAUGAUGAUUUGCUAAAAACACACGUGCGUACCGGGUCUUUGUGUCAUUGUUAUUAUAAAAUUAAUUAUUAUAAUUUUUUAAUUUAUUUAUAUUGAUACUAAUUACUGGUACGUGUAUUGAGUAUAAAAAUAUAAAAAAAGGUAUGAAAAAAGUAGAAAUGGAUGUAAAUAAUGGCAAUGAACUAGCCCCUUCAUCUUUUAAAUUCCACGAUUUUGUAAUAAAAGUUGGGGAGAUUAAAUUUGCUUGUCAGACAAUAAGAUUGCCAACAAGUUUGUAUCUAUGGAUUGGAGAUGUUAAUGAAGAAAAAAUGAAUGAUUUGUCGUAUGCAUUUACAUCAAAUUAUGAUCCUCUUCCUGUGGCAACUAAAUUAAUUGGAUCAACUGCUGAUUCAUCUUCUUGUAAUAUUGCUAAAAGAUUAACUAAAAAAUGUGGAAUGCCUGUUUAUGUCAGUUUCAAUGUCACUGCAGACAAUUUUACUUUACUGGGAAUUGAAAAAAGUAUCAGUGAAGAAUUUAAAACACAUCCUGAUAUUUUAGCAUCUUGAUUUACUUAGAUAAUUAAAUUUCAUUCAUUUAUUUGUUUCAUCAUUUAAAUAAAUUAUUAAUAAAUAUUUUUUUACA